AUGGCCGACAGAGGCGGCGGCGGCGGCGGCGGCGGCGGCGGCCGGCCGCGCACGCCGUCGCUGCCGACCCCAAUGAUGAUGUUGAUGAUGAUGAUGCUGGUGAUCCUUCUCCGGCUGCCGAGGGCGGCCCCGGCCGAGGAGCUCUACCGGUCCCCGCUGGCCGUCGGGCCGGCGAUCCUGGCAUUCGGUGGCGACAUGUCCCCCUCGGGCGGUGGCCCCUCCAUCCGGUGGGCCGCGUCUGCCAACCUCCAGGCCAGCCUCUACAACCAGAAGAGCCUGCGCCUGGACGUGCUGUCGGACACCCGCUUCGGGGGGGCCCUGGCGCCGGAGCCCGCGCUCACCAUCGGCCCCGAGCGCAACGGCGCAUCGGCCGGCAGCCACCGCGCGCUGGCCUUCCCCACCACCGCGGGGCUGGGCUACAUCCAGCAUACCGACAACAAAGUGGCCAUCUACCUGAACGGCGACAAGCUGCUGGGCGAUGUGCCGCUCCCGCACGACAUCUUGGCGGCCUACCAGCAAUCGCAGUUUACCGUCGACCUGUUGGUCCUAGACCGGCACAGCCAGGCCUUCAUCCUCUACACGGCCUCACUCGGAUACCUUGUCUCUAUGGACGGCCCGCCGGAUGUGCAGGGGGUCCAACCCGGCGUCCGGGCGGUGGUCGGCUCGCGCAACAACAUUUACACCUUCACCGGCAUGGAUGUCCUUGUGCUGUUCAAGCUCAGCGGCGCGGUCAAAAGCACGAGCCACGCGGUCGAUGCGCCGGUCACCGACAUCGUGGCCCUGUGUCCCAAUCCUGCCACCGGGCAGGACAUCGUGGUGGCGCUGGCCGGCCAGGAGCUGUACUUCCUCCAGGUGGACAUCAAUCGCCUUCUCACCCGCGUGCAUGCCUUCACGCCGGCGGCCGGCCCGGCGACCGACCGGCGCCUCGUGGCGCCCGAGAUCCACCAGGGGCCCAGCCCCAGUGUCUGGCUGCUGCUCCUCGACCGCCACGCGCGCCAGGUGUGGCGCGUGACAUACAGCGCGCAGGGGAUCACCGAGACGGAGCUCCGCUUCCCGGGGGCCACCUUGCCCACGGCCGGCUUCCUGGAUGAGCUGCAUCUGAUUCGCCUCAGCCGGCCGGCCGGCCAGCCGACCCCCUGGCAGGUGGCCAGCAGCCGGCAUGUGUACUCGCUGGCGGGCGAAUUCGGCUGCUCCACCGACGAGACCAUCGUCUGCCAGCACGGCCUGGCCCCCCCGGACACCGGGUUCGCCUGUGCCGACGGCCGGGCCCUGACGCCCUUCGCGCUUGACGGGUACAUGUGCGGCGGCUGUGCGGCCGGCUUCGAGGCCAUCGCCCAGCCUGGCGGCCCGCCCGACUGCCGCCGCUGCCAGCAGGCGGGCUGCCUGACAUGCUACGGCGGCCAGUGUGCCGCGUGCCAGGCGCCGCGGCUUUUGCAGGUGGACCCGCGCUCCGGGGCCACGUCCUGCGUGACCGAGUGCGGGCCCGGCUUCACGGCCGACCAGUCGCGCUGCUGGCCGCGCGACAGCACCGCCGGCGGGGUGGCCCUGCUGGCCACGCACACCUGGCGGCUGGCCUCCCAGCGGCAGCUGGUCUUCCGGUUCUUCGCACGCUCGCGGCUGUCCGUCAAGCAGGGGCUGCUGUUUUUGGCCCUGACCCCGGAGCCCACGUCGCUGCUGGGCUUCCUGGCCCCCGGGGCAUGGUCGAGCGCCGUGGCCACGGUCCUGCAGCCCGACCAGCCGGCCAUGGCGGCGGCCAGCGGCUCCACGGCCGACCGGCUGCUGGUCGACACGGACAUCGCCUUCGGGAGCUUCCUCCAGGGGCGGGUGGACUCGUAUGCCGAGAUCGGGCCGGUCCGCGGCCAGUCGCAGGUUGGCUAUGUGGGGUUCUUCUGCGGCGACGGGCUCCUCCGGUCGGUGGAUUAUACAUGUGGCAGCGCCAACACCAGCGGCUGCCUGAUCAUCCCCUCGACGGCGACUCAGCUUUCCUCGUGCGAGUCCAUGCGCCUGCUCCGGGAGGAGCCGCCUCUGGUGUCGGUCCGCACGGCCGGGCCCGGGCCACUGGUGAGCCUGUACUUCCUGGGGGACGAUGAGCGCCUGGGCUCGGCGCUGCUGCACGGGGCCACCGAGCAUCCCAGCCUCUUCCCGCCGGUGGGCCCCGGCGAGCCGUGGCUCUGGCGCACGGCCGGCCCGAUGGCCGUGCUGCUUCCGCUGGCCCUCGGCCUGGCCGGUGACAGCCGGGCCGCGGCCGGGGACCUGCCCGGGGCCCUGGCCGCCCCCCUGCCCGACCCCUCGGCCGGGGCCAGCCACCUGGAGCCGGUGUUCCUGCCGGGCGCCGGCCCGGACGCCGCCCCUCGCGAGGACUUCCUGCUCAGCUGGCUGGACUUGGGCUCGUCGCCGGGGGCGUGGCGCAUCCGGCACGUCCCGCGGGGGGCCGGCCCGCGCGGGUCCACCUCCGGCCUGGCAAGCCACGACCAGGUGCUCGGGGUCCUGCCGGCGGCGCCCGGGGCGCGUGCCCGGACGCUGGCCGUGCGGCUGUCCGGGCCCGGCGUGCACCCGGUUGCCCUGGUCCUGCUGACCGAGGCCCAUGUCGGGGUGUCGCUGCUCCGGUGCCCGUCCGAGGCCACCGGCGGGGGCUUCUGCUGGCCCGGGCCGGCGCGCUUCCACCCGCUGCCGGAGCCCCUGGCCGCGGCCGAGCACCUGACCGCCGUGCUUCUGGACGCCCCGGCCGACGGGGCGGCCAGCCUGCUGCUGGGCCCGGCCGGCGGCCAGGUCCUGACCCUGAGCAUCCGGCCGGAGGACUGCCCCGAGGGGACCUUCGGGCCUGGCUGCCUCGCCUGUGCCGAGGUGUGUGCCACGUGCAGCGGCCCGUCCGAGCUGGAGUGCAUCCGCUGCAAGGCGCACCUGGCCGGCGCCGAAGCCCGGUGCCUGAGCGCCUGCCCCGGGGACAUGGCAGCCGACCCGGCGUCCGGCCAGUGUCCCUGCCCGGUGGGCUGCCUGAGCUGCACGGCACCGGCGCCGGGCCCGGCCGAUGGGUACCAUUGCACGGCCUGCCACCCGGGCUGGGUGCUGACCUCGGCGCCUGAGGCCGGCUGCCAAGCCUGUGCGCUGGCCUGCGCCGAGUGCUCGGUGCCGGCCGACCCGCUCGCCUGCACUGCCUGCCCCCCGGGGCACGUCCUUCACCGGGGCAGCUGCCCGGAUGAGUGCCCCACCGGGUUCUGGGCGGACGCCGACAGCGGCCUGUGCGUCGCCUGCCGGGACGGCUGCCAGGCAUGCUCCCCGGGCGGCGUCUGCACGGCCUGCCUGGUGGGGCACCAUCUGGAGGCUGGCGGCUGCCGGCCGUGCGACGCCUCGUGCGACCGGUGCACCGAGGCCGGCGCCUGCACCACCUGCCGGAGCAACCUGGUGUUCCUGGCGACCGAAAGCUCGACGCCCUCGCUGUGCGGCAGCACCUGCGCCCCGGGCGAGUAUGUCGGCGCUGGCCGAUGCGCCGCGUGCGAUGGGUCUUGCGCCCUGUGCGCCCAGGCGGCCGACCGGUGCCUGGUGUGUGCGGCCGGCUUCCGCUGGUCCGGGGGCCCGCCGGCGGCCGGCGCCACCGGCACAUGCGUCCCCUGUGAUCCUGGGUGCGCCUCCUGCAGGGCGGACGGCUGCCUGGUGUGCGAGGCCGACCUCGUGCUGGGCCCCAACGGGCAGUGUAUCGCCGACUGCCCGGCCGGGAUGUUCAGCAACGGCGAGUCGUGCCAGCCGUGCGACGUCAGCUGCCGGGCGUGCGCCGGCGGCGGGGCCGACCAGUGCACCGGCUGCGGCGCGGGGCUGGAGCUUGUCGAGGCGGCCCCCGGCGUGGGGGCCUGCGUGUCCGGCUGCCCGGCGGGCCAGUACCGUGCGGGUGCUGAUUGCCUGCCUUGUGACGGUGCUUGUGCCACGUGCAACGGCCCCACGGACAAGGACUGCUGGCGGUGCGCCGGGGCCGUGCUGCAGGGCGACGACUGCGUGCAGACGUGCGCCGCCGGGCAUGUGGCCAUCGGCGGGCGGUGUCUGGCCUGCCACGCCUCGUGCUCCGAGUGCGCCGGGGUCCGGAGCACCGAGUGCACCGGCUGCCCGGGGGACCUGUAUCCUCUGCCGGCCGAGCAGUGGCCCUCGCGCUGCGCCGGGGCCUGUCCGGUGGGGUACCACACCUCGGCCUGCGGCUGCCGCCAGUGCGCGGCCCACUGCUCCAGCUGUCCCGGGUCGCCGGACACCUGCGCCCUGUGCGAGCGCGGGUGGCUGCUGGCCGGCCCGGCCUGCGUGGCCCAGUGCCCGGCCGGGACCUCGCCGCAGGGCGGCCUGUGCGCCUCCUGCCACGGGUCCUGCGGGAGCUGCUACGGCCCGGGGCCGGAGCACUGCCUGACGUGCGGUGAGGACUCCCCGCUCCUGGUGGACGGCCACUGCCAUGCCACCUGCCCCGAAGGCACCUUCCGGAGCGACCAGGAUUGCCAGCCGUGCAGCCCGACCUGCGGCACCUGCUCCGGGCCCGGGGCCACCGAGUGCACGGCCUGCCCGGCGGACCGGGUCCUGCAGGAUGGCUCAUGCCUGCUAUCGUGCUCGACCGGGCACUUCGCCGAGGCCGACCGGACAUGUCGGGCCUGCCAUGGGUCCUGCCUGGCCUGCGCCGGGGCGGCCGCCGACCAGUGCACCGCAUGCCCUGGCCAGACGUACCUUGACCGGGGCCUGUGCGCGGGCGUCUGCCCGGCCGGCACCUUCGGCUGCGGGGUCACGAGGAGCGCGGCCAUCAUGCUGUGGGAGUGCCUCCACCGGGGCACCCCCUGGGACGGCCUCAACUUCGAGGAAAUCGCGCAGGCCGUGGCGGCCGGCACCCGGCCCGAUGUGCAGCCGGCUGCGGUCCAGGGCGCGGACGAUGCCCAGCACCACGCCCUGGUGGACCUGCUGCAGGCGGCCUGGGGGGGCGACCCGGCCGCACGGCCGCUGGCCGUCUCCCUUCGGCAGAAGGUCGCAAUGCUGGCCCUCAGCGCGCCGGGCGGCUGGCGCCUGUGAAGGGAAAGAUAAAGCCCCCCCCUCUCUC